AUGGCCACGUCUGAGGGGGACCAGCUGGAAUUCAUUCUCUUGCAAGAAAUACCGCAACCAAAGGGGAGAAAUCCCUCUGCUGCAAGUACGACAGCGAGCACAAAGGGGCCGCGACCUUUGGACAAGAGCCCUGGACGCUGGCUGAUUGGAGAAGCACUGGUGUACUACCAGGAGUGGGCCGAUAUCCUCAAUCGCCAUCGACACCGUCCUACACCCCCACAAGGGGAGACAGAGGAAGCCAUUGAUGGUGGCGGAGUUAACGUGCAAUGGGGGGCCAACCAUGAGGCCCCACCCAGUGGACACGCUCUCAAUGCUGGAGAACCAGAUGGAGCUCCGGGGUCACAACCGCAGGAGCAAUGCCAUGAACCAGAGGGGCAAGCCGAGGACAUCAUCGACGCCCUCCUGGACAACCUGCACCUACACACGGGGGUGGCGCACGAAGAGGAAAAAGACGAUUCGGCCCUCCUUCAGCGCGUGCGAGAGCCAACAGCGGAGGGGGAAAACAACGUCACCGAUGCGGAGAGGGGCGAGACCGACCUCGUGCUCAACACUCGCGACCGCGCGAUGGACCUCGUGCGCAGCGACCUCACGGACAACGAGAGGGACGCUGAGCGUGACGGCUUCCACAACGUCACCGACGCCCCGCAACAAGGCGAUAAGGUGGCCUGGGUUCAAGGACGAAAAAGAAAGCGGAACGACAGGGACCCGGAGAACCACACGGACCACGGCGACAGCAAGGACGAGGUGGAGACAGAGGAAGCGCGUGAAGAAUGCAGGGGGCCACCCACCAGUGCGGCCACGGAUGCAGAAGUGGAGGGGGCCAAUGACGUCGACCUGGAGGAGCAGAGAAGAAUCGAAGACGAGAGGGACGAGGAGCGAGUACUACAAGAAGAUUUCGAACAAGACCGAGCAUUACACGAAGAAUGGAUCCAAAAAACAAUCGACGACUACUUCGCAGAUGUGGAGGAAGAGCAACCAGGACCGAGCCGACAGAGACCAGGAAGGCAACAAGAAGAGGGGGUCAAGCUCCAUGCUGACGCCGUCACCGCGGCCUUUGACAUUUGA